UUCCUUUCCUUUAGGUGCCCAAGCAUGGACCGGAAUAAUGAAGGGAUACUUGUAUUAGCUGCAGCCCUUUGAACCACGUAGAAGGAAAUCAACAGUGUGGACAGGGCUGGAAGCGUUACCACACUUGCUUGUUGGAAUAAAUGAAGAAUGGGCUUGUGAUUAUGCUGACAUCCCAGCAUGAAUCUGGUGGACCUGUGGUUAACUCGUUCCCUCUCCAUGUGUCUCCUCCUACAAAGUUUUGUUCUUAUGAUACUGUGUUUUCAUUCCGCCAGUAUGUGUCCCAAGGGCUGUCUUUGUUCUUCCUCUGGGGGUUUAAAUGUCACCUGUAGCAAUGCAAAUCUCAAGGAAAUACCUAGAGAUCUUCCUCCUGAAACAGUCUUACUGUAUCUGGACUCCAAUCAGAUCACAUCCAUCCCCAAUGAGAUUUUUAAGGACCUCCAUCAACUGAGAGUUCUCAACCUGUCCAAAAAUGGCAUUGAGUUUAUCGAUGAGCAUGCCUUCAAAGGAGUCGCUGAAACUCUGCAGACUCUGGACUUGUCUGACAACCGGAUUCAGAGCGUGCACAAAAACGCUUUCAAUAACCUGAAAGCCAGGGCCAGGAUUGCCAACAACCCCUGGCACUGCGACUGUACGCUCCAGCAAGUUCUGAGGGGCAUGGUGUCCAAUCACGAGACAGCCCACAAUGUGAUCUGCAAGACCUCCGUGCUGGAUGAACACGCCGGGAGACCGUUCCUCAACGCUGCCAAUGAUGCUGACCUUUGUAACCUCCCUAAAAAAACGACUGAUUAUGCCAUGCUGGUCACCAUGUUUGGCUGGUUCACCAUGGUGAUCUCGUAUGUGGUGUAUUAUGUGAGGCAAAAUCAGGAAGAUGCGCGAAGACACCUUGAAUACUUGAAAUCCCUGCCGAGCAGGCAAAAGAAAGCCGACGAACCCGACGAUAUUAGUACAGUGGUGUAGUGUCCGAACUGACUGGCCAGGAAAAAGAAAUCCAUUUGGGAUUGCAGUAGAAUAAGUGGUUUACUUCUCUCAUCCAUUGUAAACAUUUGAAACUUUGUAUCUCAGUUUCUUUGGAGUCAUGCCACUGUUGAACUUUUAACAAACAUGACGGCAUAAGUCAUUUUCGUUUCGGUAAUCCACCCCCCUCAGUUGCACUCCUGGUGGUAUAUUCCAGAGUCAGUUACUUCUCUGAACCUUAGUUCUGUCCAUCUCAGUAUUUAAUAAUGAAAUUUAUUUUUUUAAUUUGAAACCAAAUAAAAGCCUAACUUUGAACCAUG